AGAGAGUUUGCGGUGUUUAUGGACGCUACCGUGGAUGAAAUUGCGUUUGGCCAGUCAACCACUUUGCUCCUGCGAACCCUGGGCCACGCGCUCUGGCCCAAAAUGAACGGAGACAGCGAAAUGAUCGGUUCACUUUUGGACCACGAAACAAAUGUGACUUCAUGGCUUGCUUUCGCGAGCAGUCUCGGCAUUGCCACCGGGAGACGAUCCUUGCCUCUCACCAGAUACCGGUACCCUACGCCCCUUGCUCACAUACAAGACCCGCAUUGCCGCAGAGCAAUCACGUUUCCAACGUCGUGAGCGAGGUGCUUGACCUAGUUCACACAAUUCCUGAAGCCGUGCUGGUGGUCGAUGGUGUUUCCUUCGCCCCCAUCGUCCCAUCAACGUCAAAGCGCUGGACGUCGACUUCUACUACUUCAACUCAUACAAGGUGCAUGGCCCUCACAUUGCCUAGAUGUACGGACGGCGCGACGUCCAGAACCGCCUGAUUACUCACAUCAGUCCUUUCUUCCUUGCCGAGUGGCCCGGCCUCGAUUAGCGACUGCGCGUCGGCAUGGACACUUUCGAGCUCGAAAUGGGACUUGUUCCCAUCACUCGUCACAUUACUUACGUUGGUUGCGAAAGGGUAGUUGCACAAGAGAUUGUACUGUUGGAUGUCUUCUUAUCACGCUGUCGCCAGCGCCUUGACAUGUAUAGCAUCUUUCGGGGAGAAAACUUGGAAUUCCGACCGACGAGUAUUACCAGUGAUAUUUCAGAUAUAGGACAGUUCUUCUCGAGGACCCAUGAUGGCAAUUCAUCGAAAGAGUCGGUCUCGAAUCGACGCGGGUCACUGCUUCGCUCCCCGUCCUACCCAUGACGUAUUGAAGCUUGAUACUGGGGGACUAGUACGAGCCAGUUUUGUGCACUACGAUACUGUACAAGAGGUAAAGGACUUUUGUGAGGUAUUGCAGGAGGCCGUGGCUUCGAUUACUUGAAACGACAUGAUACUUUAGCCCUUA